UUCUCUCUUUUUGACUACUGCCGCGGUUCAGGGCUUUCGAAAUACGCCCAGUAUAAGCAGACAGCUUGACUAUCGUCUAUCUGUUUGUGUCAUGAAUCGAACAUGACGCAGUAGCUCACGACCGUUUCUGCGGGGUACUCAAGUUGUAUGCCUGAGGUCUUUAAAGAUAAACACCGUUUCAUACCAUCACCAUCAUGAGCCAAGCACCAUCUCUCACCAGCAUCCAAAAUUCCGUCUGGGACGGCAAACUUCCAUUAGAGAUUGUCCUGGCACCGUCAGAGAGCCGGUCCUAUGAUCAGACAGAUCCAUAUCUUAUUGCAUGCUCACGACUCACCUAUCUCCCCUCGCUAUUGCCCCGGUUAAGGACGUUCUUCGCUCCAUCCUUGAUCGACCCUAACUCCCAUGUCCAUGACGGAUGGUUCUCAUUUGAAGGUGUCCCAUUAAAAUGGCACUAUCCUAUCGGACUUUUAUACGAUCUCUACGCGGAAGCAGAUCCGGCAUCAUCUAAGGGGAGUAAAUCAGACGAGGCAGACGAGACCACCAGCGGCCCACUUUCCUGGCGGUUAAUGGUGCAUUUUAGCGACUGGCCUCAUGAGGAAUUAGUCCAACUUGAUGCGGAGGGAGUGGUUAUGAAUGAUGCCUUUAUCAACAGUGUCAAAGAAGCGGAUUUUCUUCGAAAUGGAACAGCGAAGGGAAUCAUGACUCUUUCGAAGGAAGAUUCAUCUGGAUUGUGGGAAGCUGUUCAAGAUGUCGACCUCCCCUCCUUCCAACGUAUAUCCAAUGUCCUACUCCCCUCCCAACCGUUCCGCAAUGUGCCUAUUCGCUUCUUCCUCCCUCUUCCUCCAGAUUCAGGUGCCCCCUCUCUCAAAUUAGUGCAAUCACCACUCCCCCCCUCUAUCUCGACAUCACAGCCACAGACCAUCGGCACAGCCCUCCACACCCUCCUCCCGCAUUUGUUUCCGAGCCGCAGAACGCCCGUAUUAGCCAAGCCCGUGCUGCACGGAGCCGUGGUGCCCAUGUCUGCGCCGAUUGAGGAAGUAGUCAGGAGUUCAGCUUAUGGAGAUGGAUGGGCAUACAUUGUUAUUCGUAUGAUGGGAUAGGUAGCCAUCGCCAUGUACAUUACUAUGCUAUGCCUGUGAUGGACGAUCAAUUCACUAUAUCAGCAUUUACUCCCAAA